AGAGCCUGCCAGCAGCGCGCCCUCGGCGGCUCCGGUCCCAACCGCGCCCGCCGCUUCGCCUCCUCCGCCUCGGCCGCGUCCAGACUCCGGGGCUCGCCCGGCCUCUCCGAGGUCCUCCGCCCGCCCCGGCUCCUCGCCACGCCGCCGGGCUCCAGCCCCGCAGCCCGCCCGGGGGAAGGUAGCAGCGGGCGAGCGCGCCCUCGCCCCCAGCCCUGCGUCCCAGCUCCGCGCGGCGACUAAGGACCGGGAAGAUGAACGGCGGCGGCAAAGCCGAGAAGGAGAACACCCCGAGUGAGGCCAACCUUCAGGAGGAGGAGGUCCGGACCCUAUUCGUCAGUGGUCUGCCCCUGGACAUCAAACCCCGAGAGCUCUACCUGCUCUUCAGACCAUUCAAGGGCUAUGAGGGUUCUCUUAUAAAGCUCACCUCGAAACAGCCUGUAGGUUUUGUCAGUUUCGACAGUCGUUCAGAAGCAGAAGCUGCAAAGAAUGCUUUGAACGGCAUCCGCUUCGAUCCUGAAAUCCCGCAAACACUACGACUAGAGUUUGCUAAGGCAAACACGAAGAUGGCCAAGAACAAACUCGUAGGGACUCCAAACCCCAGUGCGCCUCUGCCCAACACUGUACCUCAGUUCAUUGCCAGAGAGCCAUAUGCGCUGGCUCCCUCCCUCCGAGGCUACCUCCCAGGGCUGGAAGUCGCGGCAGUUCUGCUGAGGCGGUGUCUCGGGUGUGUGAUGGCGGCUGCAAUCUGUCUUGUGGGUAUUAAUGCGAUCUUCACUGGUGGCGACUGUCAUCCAGCUGUUCUGCAAAACUGGAGCUUGCUGGCUCGAAAAUACCUUGCCCAGUUUUGAUCCCUCCAAGACUUCGCCACAGCCUCUAUCACACAUCUGUUUUCCUCAAAGAAAAAAAAAUAUAUAAUAAAAUGUGUUUUACUCUUUUACACUGUAUAAUUUUAAGAAAUAUGUGUUAUUUGUGAAUGCAUGGUCUGACAUUUCUGUACAGUUUGAAGACAUAUUCAGAGAAAACAAAGACAGCAGCAGUAAAAGUAAAAGCCAAGAUGGUUUAGUAUUUUUAUAACAGACAUUUUAAGUAUGGCAAGAUGGAUUCCUACACUAGGUUAGAUCAUGACUUUUGAGCUUGGUUUUUGAAUGCUUUUAAUGGUGUGUAUCUUGUUUUUCUUCUGAAAUAAGCUGCAUGUUUGAGGCAUGUCUCUAAAUAGCAUCCAGGUUUCCACGAUUAUGUUGUGAGUGUGUGGACUCCAUCUGCCUGGCCCAGUCAGGGCACAUUAGUUAACAUGGUGUAGACGUUAGCUUCUGCAGUAUUAGCUCUGCAAUCCUGGCUCCCUGGGAUUUCCCUGCAAGACAAUCAGUGCCCCCAGAGCAUCUGCCAUUGUAGUAUAUACACAGCUGAGCAAAGACUACUUAGAGAAUGUCUCCUGAGCACAGCGUGCCAUCCGAAAAUCACGGCAGCACUGGCUGUGACGAUACUAACUGUGCCAAGUGACGUUUUGCCGUUUUAUACUUCUAUUUAUUCUUACCGUUUCUGAUAGCACCUUCCAUAAACUGUUCCCACUUCCCCAGUGGAACAAUAAGGUCCACCUCACUAAGUGGAGGGGCCAUGAUUUGGAGGCCUACAAGGCUUCAGUAGGAACAGGCUUUGCCCACCCAGCCUGCUUGGCUGCAAUGGGCAUCAUAUCUCUCAAGAGAUUCAGCAAAGCAUAGGUCUAGCUGAGCUGCUGCUCUAAAGUCUGCCAGCCCUGUCGGAUGCACCGUCCAUCACAUUCUCUGGAACAGUGUGUGCUCAUCUUGAGACUACCUACUACAUUGCACAGGGUUGGACAUGUAACUGUGGCCAUUUGCAACGAGUACUGUUACCCUUGCUUCAAGACUUCUUCAAAGCCCAAAGUCAGUCUUGUGUUGUAUGCAGACACUUUUCCAGAGGCUGUGGCUGCACAGCUUAUCCCGCUCCGCAGACAAGAGCCAUGUGUAACACUAUAUUGACCUCAGAAUUUCCAGCUGCUGAUGCAGCUAGAUGUAAUCACAAUCUUUGUAUCCUUGUUAUUGAUUGAUCUGCUUGUGUUGUGUUAAAAACGUCAUGUUUUAAUGAUUAUAUCAAUGGUUGUUUCAUCAUUUUUCAUUAGAAAUAAAAAUGUCAAGUUUUUAAAGGUUAUUGCAAUAAAAAAAGAAACACCAAGGCCUAGAGUAAAGGCCUUUUCACUAUAAACUAGAGGAAAGGGGCCAGGCAGCAGCUGGGGACUUAAGACAUCCACGUUGGUGCUCAGGAACUGCUCCUGCCCUCAGUGCCAUCUGGCUGUGAGACUCCUCUACUUUAAACAAAGAGAGAGCUACUUCACCAUCGAUUGUGCUUUUAUAAAUUGUGUAAAGGUACUUUUCUAUUGUUGUUUUUAAAAAAAAAUAAUAAAGUUUAUUCCGGCUAUUACACAA